AUGAUAGUCAGACUUAAAAGGGAACAGACGAAACUUUCCAAGGGCGCCUUCUCAGUAGUUAGACGAUGUGUGCAGAAAUCCACAGGACUGGAAUUCGCCGCCAAAAUAAUUAACACAAAAAAAUUGUCAGCCAGAGAUUUCCAAAAAUUAGAAAGAGAAGCUCGAAUUUGUAGAAAGCUGCAACAUCCUAAUAUAGUGAGGCUGCACGACAGCAUACAAGAAGAAAACUUCCACUAUUUGGUUUUCGAUUUGGUAACGGGCGGCGAGUUGUUCGAAGACAUCGUAGCCCGAGAAUUUUACUCGGAAGCAGAUGCCUCCCAUUGUAUCCAACAAAUUUUAGAAUCCGUUAAUCAUUGCCAUCAAAAUGGUGUUGUACAUAGAGAUCUCAAGCCAGAAAAUCUGCUUCUGGCUAGCAAAGCGAAAGGAGCCGCCGUAAAGCUCGCUGAUUUUGGCUUAGCUAUCGAGGUGCAGGGUGAACAGCAGGCGUGGUUUGGUUUCGCUGGAACUCCAGGGUAUCUUUCUCCCGAAGUGUUGAAAAAGGAACCCUACGGAAAGCCGGUCGAUAUCUGGGCAUGCGGCGUCAUUCUCUACAUUCUCUUGGUUGGCUAUCCGCCGUUUUGGGAUGAGGAUCAACAUCGGCUCUAUGCACAAAUUAAAGCAGGAGCUUAUGAUUAUCCGAGUCCAGAAUGGGAUACCGUGACACCGGAGGCGAAAAAUCUCAUCAAUCAAAUGCUCACCGUCAACCCAUCGAAACGGAUCACGGCCGCCGACGCUCUGAAACAUCCAUGGAUUUGCCAAAGAGAAAGAGUUGCUUCGGUGGUUCACCGACAAGAGACUGUGGAUUGUUUGAAGAAAUUCAAUGCACGCCGCAAAUUGAAGGGUGCCAUUUUAACCACGAUGUUGGCUACGAGAAAUUUCUCGA